AUGGCAGUCUGUUUUUACUGGGACAUGAACAGCAAAGCCAUUAUUAUAUUGUUUCUGGUGGUGUGUUCCUUUGGUAUAAUCUUGAUCAGGAUCAGUAAAUUAUCGGAGAUCACUCUUAUCAAUUUAUUGUUGCUUCAAAAGAGACAAAUGAAUCCACUCAGCCAAUAAUCAUUGAUUCCCUUGAUGUACUAUGAUUCAAGGGAUAUGGUUCUCUGAUCUGGAUCGUUCCAGAGGAAUGCACCCUACAGAAAGCAAGAACAUUUCAUUUUCUUUUGAUUCGGUCUUUAAUCACUAAUUGUUAGAAUGAUGAUUACCUUAAUGAGAAUUUGUUAAAAGAAGUUCAGUACUAGUUUUUUCCAGCUCACAAACAAAUUACAAGUUGAUCUGACGUUUUCUGACUAUUUCAGGCAUGCUUUCAGCUAUCAGGCCUGUGGGCCGUCUCUUUACGCAAGCAUCCUUGAAUUUUAGCCAAGGUUAUUGUCAAGGGACUGUACGCUACUUCUCUCGAUCGUUAGCUGCUCUUCAAAAAUCCAACCCACAGAAACUUAGAGAGGAAUGGAGUACCUCGUCAUUUGAUGUUCCUGCCAUGACCAGACUCUUAGACCAUGACAACCAUGAUAAAAGAGAGAAAUUCCGAAAGAUUUUGUCAGAAGACCCUCUGAUGCAACCCAAAUAUAACAUUUCUGUGGAUGAAGAGAGAGCAUUAGCACUCAAAAGACUCAAGAAACUUUGUGACCAGGGUUUCAUUUCAGUACUGGAUUUCCGGCACAAUCCGCUGUGGAUAUUUGCUGCUCAUGAGCUUGCAGCUGUAGUUGAUGGCUCCAUGGCAACAAAGAUGACUGUCCAGUUCAACUUGUUUGGUGGCACUGUGCUUAAACUUGGAACUGAACGGCAUCAUGAGAAACUCCUUAAGGUAAAUAUAAUGUAAUAAAGGUUCACUCUAUGAAGAGGCUGUCUUAGGGAGGCGGGUAUGUAUCAUGGUUGCCACAGGUCAGGAAAUGGUCCGGGAAAAAAAAUUUCUUCAAGGUCAGGCAAAUGUCAGGGAAUUUCAGUUCAAGUCAGAGAAAAUUUAAAUUAUUUUUGAAAGAAGUCAGGGAAAAGUAAAAUUUUAAGAGUACAUAUUUAUUUCUUUCCCUCUACUUCACUGUUUUCUAACAUUAAAAAUUCUUUUGAAAAUUUAUGGAUAUGAAUGGUCUGGAAUUGGUAGAAGGUUGUGCAUGAAAUUGAACAACAAGCUGAUGUUGGCUUUUUUCAAGGACAUCAAUUUCUUUUGCACGUUCUGUUAACUGAUGAACUAUUCUAUUCAUGUACAUUGCAUGUUACUCGCUGAAAGCAGAAAUAAAAGGGUGGGGAAUGGCUGCAUGUGAGGGAAGAGUUGAGUCCAUUAUCAGGACUAAUUUGUGAAAUUGUUAAUUCAGUUGGUCAGGGAAAUAUAAAAUUGAAUUUCACAAACCACUGGCUGUGGCAACCAUGAAUUGUAUGUCCCUAGUCUGAAUUAAUUUCAAAUAUGGCUGUUUCAUGUCCCUGUCCGUUUUUAACCCAUCAUUGUGUUGUUUGUUAAUUGCCAUUCCAUCAAGAUUUUGUUACUGUUUCAAGGCCAUGUUGCUUGCUGGAAGGAAGGGAUUUGACAAAUUGUGCAUAUACCGCUGGAAAAAUCCUGGCUACGCCCUGCAAAAUAAAAUUCAUAUGGUUUAAUCAAGACAUAGUUUAUUUUCUAUUUCCUUUGUUCCCUAACCCAGGAAAUUGAGAAGUAAACUUGAAUGAUUGUAUUAAAUAAUUUGAAUUUUAUUUUGCCUUUGUUUAACAGAGACAUCAGAAAUGCAUUAGGUUCCAUAAGAAAAUCAACAAUUGUGUGUAUUGCACAUUUUUGAUCUAUUGAUUUCUGUUAAUUAAUUUGUUAAUGAUUUGAAUACUGAACAAGUGAUCACAUGAUGACACUAUCGUACCGACAAUUUAACUUAGAUCAACUCAACAAUUUCCUAAAACCUUCUCUUGUCACCAAUGAAUAGGGAAUUGAUUCCUUGGAAGAUGUGGGCUGUUUUGGUCUGACUGAGCUGGGAUAUGGUAACAAUGCUGUCCAGAUGGAAACAACAGCAACUUAUGAUGACAAAACAAAUGAGUUUAUUGUUAACACACCUAGCACUGUGGCACAGAAGUACUGGAUAACCAAUGGUGCCUGUGAUGCCCAUCAUAUCAUAGUGUUUGCCCAGCUAUAUAUCAAUGGAAAGAAUGAAGGUGAAUAGUCAAUACCUGACCUUCAUGCAGCUGUCAUUUAAGCUAUUCCCAGGGGUUGGGUGGGAUAACUCCCUAUAAUGGCCUAUACAGGAGACUCCGCCCAAAAGUGGUACCUUUUUCAGGGUACAGGUAUAUCAAAGGGUAGGGAUUUCACUGGCUGAAGUACAUGUGUUGAAAGGGUAUGGAAAUCUGUCAUUUCGUCCUGUAAAAAGACCCAAAAUUAGGCUGAUAGAUGCACUUCAUUGCUUUGAAAAAGUACAGUCAAGAAAAUAUUCUGGUAUUGUGAUUUACUCAUACAAAACCUUGUUGAGUACCACUCCCCCCUCCCCCCCUCCUGGAGGAGCUAACCUGUUUAAGUUGUCAUGGUUUUUUCAAGCCCUUCCUAUGAAAGGCCCUAGGUAGGGUGCUGCUGACUACAUGCCUGGCUGGACAGUGAAAAGAUGUGAAGUGUUGUAAAUCUCUAUUGUCUUAUAUUUCAUAUUUCUUAGUUUGAUUCUGAUUCUAUUUUAUGCAACAAUGUACUCAGUCUUCUUUAUUAGUUUUACUUUUGUGUGGCUUUGUUGUGUUUCGGAGCUGUCAUUAAGGGCCAUAAACCUUAACAUCUGUUACGGCUGAGCUCACCCUACGUUAUGGGUGAUCAAAGUGGAAAGCUUAAGUAACAGUUUAAAGAUUUUGUGAGUUGUUACAGGUGAAUCGUCAUUUGUUUCAGUUGCUUCAAAACUUAACAACAGCCCUGCCUUUUAUCUGUUAUCAGUUUAUUUUUUACGGGACUCUGCUUAAAUGAGCUCUCUUAAUGCUAAACUAGAUGUUCCUGUUUAAAUCAAUUAAUCUAUCUAUUUAUCAAUGAAGCGAUGAAUGAUUAAAAUAAAAAAAAAAAUAAACAAAUUAUAUAGCAACAUAAUAAUCUUUCAUGUGGUGGUACGUGUUUUUAAACAGGUAUCCAUGGUGUGUUAGUACCUAUACGUGACAAAAACCUCAAAGAAGUUCCUGGAUCCCACAUCCAUGACAUGGGACACAAAAUGGGUCUGAAUGGGGUGGAUAAUGCCAAGUUCAUAUUUGAGAAUGUACGAGUGCCAAGAGAAAACCUGUUAAACCUGUAUUCUGAUGUGGAUGUGGAUGGUAACUACACUACCAAAGUAGAGGGAAAUGUGCGCAAGAGGUUUCUUACUGUCGCUGAUCAGCUGCUGUCUGGACGUCUCUGCAUCUCAAGCAUGUCACAAGGUUAUGCACUUCCCAUAAAUCCUCUAUUAAGCCCCUGGGGGGCUUAUUUAUUUCAAACACAUUGGCGGGGGGGUGGGGGUUAAUAGAGACAGAGAUUUUCGUUGAGAGGGAGAGCUUAUUCAAUUUUUUCAAUUUAUCAGUUCUAUAUAAAGUACUUACUACAAUUUAGUGGAAAAGCGCAUGUACAAGAAGUUGGAGGUCUUGCAGCUGAGGAUGAAAAACAAAUUAUCCUAACUUCCAAUUGGUGAAUAAACCAUCCAGGGUCAGUCAUCACAAAGUUUCACACGAGGCGGGGAGCUUAAAAAAAAGGGGUGCGUAUUAACUUUCUAACCAACUUUAUUUGAGAGGGGUGGCUUAAUAGAGGAUUUACAGUCUGAAAUCCCCUCCUAGAUUAGAAUUACAAGACAAAUACAGGAAAGCUCCCAUCUCGUUGUUACCACUUUAGCAUAUGUGCCAACUGUCCCAGAUUAUCAGCUGGGGGUUGAGUCUUGCGAAUACAGCACAAGUCUCCUGGUCUACCACAUGUCACCAAAUCUCCGGGAUGAAACUGAACUCUUAGCUUUUCUGUGCUGAAGUGUAGAAUUUAGCCCAUUUUACUAAACAUUCAAACCUGUUUUGAUCAUGGUACAGAUUCUAUUGCAUUUUUGCACAUAUUCCAUUACUGACAAAACUAUUUCAUCAAAAAAGCUUCAUGAUGGUGAUGGUCUUCACAUCAUGUAGGAAUUCAUAAUAUGUCCUGACCCCUGGCGUUUAAAUGCUGAAUAGCAUUAUCUAUGGGAUAAAUCACUAUCCAGGGGAUAAACAUUAGUGAAACCAAAAAUUGCAAAAGUGAUUUAUCCAGUGGAGAGACAUUUGACAUCACAGUGUAUUGUGAAAAUCCAUUGGAAAUGCACUAUCAGGCAGUUUUGUGGACUUAAACCUCCUGUUUAAUCUUGUAAAACACACUUUUAAAAUUAUGAUGUAUGAUUUCUCUAGGUGUUGCUAAAGCUUGUAUCACCAUUGCAACCCGCUACUCAGCGACUCGUUUAACUGUGGGGCCUGAAGGCAAGUCUGACACGCCAAUACUGAAAUACCAACUUCAGCAGCGUGCACUGAUGCCUCUGCUGGCCAAGACUUAUGCACUGGACUUUGCUCUUUCCUAUAUCAAGGACUGCUGGGCAUUUCAGGUAAUUCUCUUCAUAAAAUAGACUGCAAGCUGUCUUUCGUGCUUGGAAAUCUGUGAGCAAGUGCAAUAUGUGAGUGUAGGAACAACAAAGCCGCAAGUAGCGAGUUGUUUGGUUGCCAGUAUGAGUGAAAAGACUGGCUCGUACUGGUGUCUACUUUACUUGAUGCUUGUACUCUCAUAUUGCGUUCAUGCAGAUUUUUGAGCAAAAGAGACUGCUUACAGUCUAUCUAUAAAACAGUUGGGAACUUGAGAGGUUCUCUUGGAAUGGUGAUUAAAGGAUGCAUUUAAAGGAAUCAUUUGUGCUCUUUAGGCCUGUUAUUUUCUUUUCUCUAGUUUUCCUCAAUUUAGUUAAUUAUAUUUACACAGCCUGUCUUGAAUUGCCUUUGCCACUUGCAGUUAAAGAUCUGAAAAGUUAAAGUUAAUGUUUUUGAGCAUCUUUUUGUGCUAGAAUCCUAAGUCUUAAAUAUUACAGUGCGAAAUUUAUGUCAAAGAGAUUUCAUUUGAAUGCGUGGUAACACCACAGGACUUUAUCCAUGGGUAUCCAUGAUAAUUAGAGGGGAAAAAUUAAUAAUCUCACCAUAACUUUGUUAAGGAGUUGAAGAGGGGUUAAAUACCUUUAUAUGAAGAGAUGCAUUUCAUGUUCAUUGUUUCUAGCCAGAAGAUGGGUCAGACCAUGCUAAUGUGGUUACCAUGUGUUGUGUGAUCAAAGCAUUGACUGGCUGGCAUGUGGGCGAGGCUGCCUCUGUGUGUCGUGAGAGGUGUGGAGGCCAGGGAUACCUCUCCUGUAACAGAUUCGGUGCUGCAAUAGGAUACGCCCAUGCUGCUAUGACAGCUGAGGGUGAUAAUGCUGUGCUGAUGCAGAAGGUGACAACUGAGAGACUGAUGGUGUUCAAGCCAUCUAAAGAAAAGGCAGAGGUGGGGACAGUUGAUUUGGACAGCGUCGAGUCUCUGCAUAGACUACUGGAGGCCCGAGAGCAGGUGCAGUUUAUGGAGUUAGGUAUGAAGAUGAAGAAGGCUGGAGCUAAAGAUCGCUUCAGUGCUUGGAUGUACCACGAACAAGACCUUGUCCAGUCAUGUGCGCAUGCGUAUGGUGAGAGACUGGUCAGCGAGUGCUUCAGCAAUGCAAUCAACAAAGCAGACGCUUCCUUGCAACCAAUCCUGAGCGAGCUGUAUCAUUUGUACCUCAUUACUGUAGUACAAAAAGAUCUUGGAUAUUUCACUACCUCACGGCUCCUGCCGGUAGAGACUGGGGCAAGUGUGGGGCGAGUAGCCGCUGACUUGUGUCGUGAAAUAGGACCGCAGGCUCUUUCUCUCUGUGAUGCCUUUGGAUUGACGGAAGAGAUGUUGAGCGCACCAGUGGCAAGAGACUGGGUCAGUUAUAAUGUAACUGAUAACAAAGGAGAGCUGUCGUGAGCAAAAUCUUGUUGACUUAGGUCACGUGAUAAUGCUUAAGAUUGACAGGAUGUGAGAAUUUAAAACCACGAUGAACCACGUAGCUUAGUUUUAGAGUAAACCACGUCCUUAACUUCGAAGAGUUAUGUAUGCGCCAUGAAUUAAAAGAACAGCAUAUCUUUUCUCUCUUUAAUGUUUAUGACUGUGAUUUUAAAACAAACCUUUCUUAUCCAUUUGAGCUGGCGGUCUAAAGAUGGUUGAUUUAUAACAUCGCAUGUGCUUUUGGUCAUAAUUAUUAGAAGUGCAACUGGUAGGCUUUAUUCUCAGGGGCACCCAACGACGGUUUCCUCCAAAAUACGUUAGGCUACCCAGAGUACAUCUAGAUCUCUCGAAAUGCAUUCUAAGCGGCCCUACAAAAUUUUAAACUGUUCGGUCAUCCUAGGGGAACUUAAGUCUUUUCGAAAUUACAAGGGCUUCAGUAUUAUUUUCCCGAAAAUUUUAGGUGCAAUUUAACGUUUUACGAAAGUGAUUUUGAUUCCUCUCUCCAUCACAUUUUAGAAUCCGAGAAUUUUAGGUUUCCUUUUUCUAAGAAAAAUAGUGUUAUCUGGAUAGUAAAAUAUGAAAAAUUAAACUUCAGAAAAUCGUAGGAAAUUUAUUAGAUAAGCUUCGAAAAUUGAACAUGAAUGGUACGUUCAUCUAGAAAUUUUUAGCCGUCC